CUCAAUGAAAAGACUGCCUUUUCUUCGUGUGAUUGAUGCUUUUGCUUAUUCUUCCAUUGAUCUGCGACCUGACACAGUAGGAUUGAUGGUCAUUUCACUGCCUCUUUAUUUGGAUGUAAGAGAGCACGACCGGGCAGUGUUCUUUUCCCUUUCAAAAUAAAUCAGCACAACGUUGGCGUUUCCUCUCUCAUUUUACGUCCACACUACGCCUGGGAGCAGUGCAACCUUCUAUUACCAAGCGAACCACUAGAUCGGACCUUCGCCGCGACCAAUGAAGCAUUUGCAACGUCAGCUGCCACGACGAAGAAAAAUCUGAAGCUAGGGCACGUCCAGUCUAUCAAUCUACUGCUUCUGCCUGCAACUUACUUCUUUUUUAUCUAUCGCCAUGGACGAAUCUUACACCAGUCUUCCUACCAGCCAUUUACUGGGUUCAGUUCCUGCUGUGGUCACCGAAGAGAAGAAAACCACCAAUUAUGAGGUCCCUGGAGCAAACUUGCAAAUAUUUCCUCCCACCAAUGGAGGAGAUAGUGGGAGGGGAUAUCAAGCUUUUGGAAGUCCAAAUGGCGGAGAUGAGCAACCAUCGACAAAUGGUUGGAAGGGAGUGUUUAAUGUUUUGUCAUACACACAGUAUUUCAAUGUGGAUACAGAUAUUGUCCUUGAAAGAAUUAUGAGUUCUUUGAAUCCUCUUGGGGGAAAUUUUUUCAGUAAGAUUGAUGCUAACCCUGACCUUUAUGGAACAGUUUGGAUCUCCACCACGUUGAUCUUUGUGAUUGCUUUGCUUGGGAACUGUGCUACCUAUCUGAUACGCAAACAGAAUGAUAGCAGCACAUCAUGGAGCUUCGAUGUCAACUAUGUGAAUUUGGCUGCAUGUGCAGUGUAUGGUUAUGCACUUCUGGUGCCUUUGGUGUUUUACUUUUUGCUUCAGUAUCUUGGAUCACGUGCAAGCCUUGUACACCUCUGGUGUAUGUGGGGAUAUUCUCUCUUCAUCUUCAUUUUCAGCUCUAUUCUGCUGGUAAUCCCAGUUGAGUUUCUCCGAUGGGUCAUCAUAAUCCUCACUGGUGUGGCUUCAGCUUGCUUUGUUUCUCUUAACAUAAAGUCCUAUAUAGAGGCAACCGAUCUCAUGGUAGUGGUGGUGGCAGCAUUUGCUUUGCAAGUUGCUCUAGCACUUUUCAUCAAGAUCUGUUUUUUCCCAUAAAUCUCAGCGCUACACUCAAUGGUUAGGGCGAGCUUGAGGUGUCUGUUUUCUGUGUUCCUGGCAGGUGGUACUUUCAUGGAUGCAGCUAUAGACCUUUGUUUCUCAUUUCACUGUGCAGUAUUUUGGAAGAAAAGAGAUGUAACACUGUAGAAUCCAGUACGGCGAUGGUUGCUACAUUUGAUUUAGAAUUCACAUUGUUUGUAUUGGAAGUCCAGUGAAGGCAUCAGGAAUGGAAAAAGAGAUGGAAUUGCUUUUUGACAAA